AUGUCCACUAAAGAUGAGAAAGUAUGCGUUACUUUAAUGGAGUUCAUAGAACGUCUCUUAACUAAUACAGCCGAUAUGCAAUAUUAUGAUUAUCUUGGUACCAUAAACUCAUUCUUAAAUUGUCCAACAUAUAAGAUUAAAUACCAUGUGUUGAAAAUAAUGUCAAUAAACGCCUUUAGAACCGUUAAAGCUCACCAAAGUAUAAUGACAAAACCUCCAUUCAACGAUCCUAUCUUAAGGACGAAUUUAUUGAAAGUAGCUUUGGCAUUACCAUCUUCAGUACCGGAUGACGAUGGUGAUCAUUUCUCUUUGAUUGAUUUAUUUACUGAAAAGAAGAAAUAUCCAUCCAAUUGGACCAAACUUAAAUACCCUUAUUAUAUUCAAGAACGUAGAAACAACAAAGCCAGUAACUCAAUAACUACAUCACAAACAACCAGUGCGAUCAAUACUUCAACUAUGGUACUAGCAUCCACACCUGUUCUAUCAUCUUCAUCAUUGAGAAAAUUGAUUUUAAACAAGGAAGAUUUACAAAAGUAUACUUUACAAGAAUUAUAUAACAAGGGGAUGGAAGUAUUACCUCAUAAAAAUUGGUUUGAUUACUCUUUGAAAGUAGCAGUUGCUAAAUCCUUUAGUGAUGACUCUGAAGAAAACAAGGAACUAAGAAAAUUGAUUAUUAAAACAAAAUUUAUGGCAAUCGCCUUAACAAAUUGCAUAUUUGUACCACCGCAAGUUAGCGCCAAAUUCUUCGAAGUUGAUCAAUAUGCAUUCAACAGUUUAACAGAUUUUAUAUCGGGAGAUGAGGCAAAACUUUCCACCGAUUUGAAAUUAGAUGCUUUGUUUACCCUAAAUUGCAUAUCUUCCAAACACAUUUGGUGUUCAGAUAUCAUGCGAAACAUUGGUGGGAAUAUGUCACACGGAUUAUUGUUCCAGAUACUUCGCUAUCUGAAUAAAAAUUUAAGGGAGGAAAAAUCAGAAGUCAAUGAACUUUAUAAUGGUUAUCUGUUUGAUUUGAUUACAAAUAUCGCAGCUGUUAAGACUUUGCAUGAAUCAUUGGUUGCAGCAGGAUUGAUACCCAUUCUUAUGGAAAUUGCAUCUGUCAGAGAAAGUAAACACAAGAAAACAUUGACUUCUGCUGCUAGGCUUUUAACACAAAUGAUUAAAAACACAGAAACAGCCACUGAAUUUAUUAAUAAUGAUGGAUUUAAUAUUCUAAUCAAUACAAUAUCUUAUGAAAUUGAAUAUGCUUUAAAUAACGCUGAUAAAAGUCAUACACCACAGUAUGUGAAUGCAUCUUAUUCAAUUUCGUACGUACAAAUGGAAUAUAUCAAAAGUUUACUACUUCUUGUGCUUAAGCUGUUACGAACUGAUUCAAGUGAUAGAAUUAGAAAUCUCAUCGAUUCACCACUUUUAGUCUCGUUAAUGAAACUUCUAUCGAACAAAGAUAUAUUUGGUAAUGCUAUAUUACAAUACUCCUUAGAUAUCGUUCAAAGUGUAAUCAAUAACGAACCCACUAUUUACAGCGUUUUGGUUGAAGCAGGCAUCAUUCCAUAUAUAAUAGACAAUUUCCAAGAAUUUGUUGCCCCAUCAGCAGAUCUUAUAAUCUUACUUCCAGAUGUCAUAUCAGCAUUAUGUUUAAACACUGAAGGAUUAAAAAAAGUCAAAGAAAGAAACCUUGUGCAAUAUUUGUUUAAUUGUCUCUUGGAUAAGGACUGCACAGAUAUACUAGCAUAUUACGACGAAGGUGCUGAAUAUGGGGCUUCAAUUGAUGAGCUAGCAAGACAUUAUCCGGAUUUAAAAGAACCUAUUGAAACUGCUUUCUUUAAAUUAGUUGAAAAACUGCCGGAGCAUAUUAGUUUUAAUCAAUCAUUUUUAUUUGAAUCACCAAUCGGUGCAGAUUACUUUUAUCACUCUAAAGAUGAGGCAGUCGUUAAUCAUGAACCAGAUGAUAAAACAGGUGAAGCAUUACCAUUUUGGGACUUCCAAGAAUCAAGCGCUGUUGUAGAAUGCUUUUCCAGCAUAUUGUAUGGUAUGACUUUAGAAAAUUCUCCCCUGUUAGAUAUACCGAAAAAUUUGGACUUUACAAAAUUCUUACCAAUUUUGACUCCACAGAGACCUCCUUUUGAUUAUUGUCAAUCGCAAACCAUGUUGAAUGUCUUAGAUAUUCUCCGGUUAUUUGAUGAUAAGUACCCUGAAUAUGGCUAUUCUACUAUGUUAGAUUUAUUAGAUAAAAAAUUGGAUGACAUUCAUCUUUUCUUGACUUAUCCAGAUGAAUCAAGUAUAUUUUUAGAUAUCAAAAAGGGAGAAGACUAUUCUGCCAUUGAAGAUAUGAUUGCAAUGUUAUCCGAAAUAACUACAAUUACUUUUCAAUUAACAAGGGUAUAUUUAAGUGAAGAAAACAUGGCACCUAAUAGAAUUAUUCAAACAAUUAAUUAUUUCAAAGAUCGUGGAUUUAAGUUGAUUAGUAAAUUAAGAUUGUUAUUCCAAAGGUGUGCGUUGGAAGAAAUGUACUUCAGCCGAACAUUGCCUGUUGAAGCAAACAUAAGUACACAACAUCUCUCGUAUAGCCAUUCUCCACCAAUACAGGUUCAUGCUGCUCCUCCUAAGAAAGUUGCUAGAAACGAUUACUUGACGUCUGCUCGCCAUAAAAAUACAUUGCAAAUAAGAUCAUUUAUCGCUCAAUUACAAAGUUUUGCAUCAGAGAUGUUUAGAUGCCUUCUAAAAUUAGGCCAAGGUAAAGUUGGGGAUAUUGAAGAGCAUAAUCUAUCCAUUGAAUUUCACAUAUUCGAUGAGGUGGUAACGGAGGUUUUGAAGCUUUUUUCAGCAGUUCCAUUACUCAAUAACUUACAGUAUUAUCUGGUAGUUUUAAAUUUUAAUUCGUUCAUCUUCACUUUUCCAAAAUCGCGUAUAAUGUCUUCGGAUUUAUUACAAACAAUUCCUGCUGUGUUAUUCUAUCAGAAAGGGGGUUAUACACUUUAUGCUGAGAUGAUACAAAAACUAUUCCAAAGAAUGUCAAGGAUUGAAGAUGUCUCAGUUGUUGAAAAUGUCAAUUAUAUCAACACAUCGGAUGAUGUUCUAAAUCUCAGUUGUCUAAUCAAUUGUCUCACAUUUCUUAACAAAUCUAUGCAAAAAGAUUCGAUGGAAAAUAUUCGUACCAUGACGAACUUUUAUCCCUUCUUAACCAAAGGUGAUUGUAAUAUGACAGACGCUUUAAUUGUUCGUAUCAAGUUGCUUUCAUUGUCUACAAUAAUGGAUUUGGAUGAAAACGACUUACUAUUUACUGCCAGGAAACAUUCAGUUCCAUAUACUGUCUUCAAACAAAUAUUAACAAUGCUGAAAAACUGCUUUUCUGAAGUAAAUGGGAAAGGAGAAUUAUAUGAAAUUUGUUGGGAUUUAAUUCACCCUUCAGAUAAAAAGAUAAAUAUCCUGACAAAAAUGCUGCCAAAUACUGAUCGUGGAAAUGCCGCAACUUACUUGCAAAGUCGUAAGGGGAAACUCCCUUAUGAUCAAGGAGAAAGUUAUUUAGGUGAAGAAAAAUUAAAUAACCUCGUAGACUGGGAGCAUAUAUCGCCUUCUCCACAGCCACCGCAAUAUAAUAAGUACACCACAGUUGAAGAGUUGGUGCAAUUAAGAGAAAAUUUCUAUAAUGAUAAUUUACCAGCAAAGGUAUUCAAUAUUUUGCCAUAUUACCCCAAGUUAGUCAACGCUUUUGCAAGGAUGUUGUUGCAGGCAUUCGCAAGCUCCAAAGACUCAGAAAUUCAAUUUGCAUCGAAAAUCCUGAAAGAAAUUCUUAAGACUAAUGUUGAUGAAAAAGAGACCUUAUCAUCAUAUAUCCACAUAUUUGGUAUCUUUUUAAACGAAGGUGAUAUUUACCAAAAGUCCAAUCAUUUAAUAACGUUAUUUUUAAAUUACCUAGAGAGUCGCUUACUCCCUGAACAUAUCAAUACCCCAUGGUUUUCAAAGGCAUUGUUCGUCUACGAAAUUGUACUAACAAAAUCCGAAUUGCCAUAUGAAGAAGAGUUGUCCACGGCUGUCAUACUAGAUGAAUAUCCAUUGGAUCCAAUUCAUGUACAUCGCAUUUCAGACAACGUAAAACAAAGGAUUUUUGAUGUAUUGAUAAGAGUGGGCGACAUUAAUAACUUUUAUUCUGCAUUAGCAACUGCCCGUAUCUUAAUUAUAUAUGCUGCCAAUGAAAAAUUUGCCAAAGAUAUUACCAAUUCUGGUAUAUUGAUCAAAUUGCUCAAAGUUAUCGGAACAUCGCAAAAAUCGGAAAAGAUCAAUUUCCUUGAAUCUUCUUUCUUAUUGCUGCUGAGAAGGUGCUUUGAAACAAGUGACAUAAUUGGUGAACUAAUGAUGUACGAACUGAACAAAAGCUUUUCAGCUAGGCCUUUGAAUACCAAAAAAGAACGUGAACGUGAAUUAGGAACAUUACUAGAAGAAAAAGCACAUGUCGCUAUGCGAAGUCCAGAUAGGUUUGUAGAAGUUUUGGAGCGCUCCACUCAAUUCACUAAUUUCGAUGAAGAUGGAACUCUACUUGAUUACACAAUUAAAAAACGCGCUUCUACAGAAAAUACGGCCUCUUCUGCUAAUGCUAAAACUUCAGCACAUACUUUAAAAAGUACAGGUAUCAUCCAUCUUCUAAUAUCACAACUUGUGGCAGUCUCUGAAAAAGAUUGGAUAAGUGAACCUGAACCACAUGAUAAACCGAAGCCUACUUUGACUAGAACUAACGAUGUUAAAGUAGAUCCAACCAGAAAUCCGAUAUGUGGAUACAUGAUGUUUUUACUAAAGACUUUGAUCGAACUGAUUACAAGUUAUAAACAAUGCAAAUAUGAGUUUUUGACCUUUAAUAAACGAGACAAAUAUAGUGAACAAAUUCGUCCAAGAACAUCGGCUAUGAACUUCUUCCUUUAUAAGUUACUUGAAAGAUGUGAUGAUCAAGAAGAUAACGUAUAUGCUAAAAAAAGAAGAGAGGUAAUAAGCACAUUAGCUAAGUCAGUCAUUGUGGGGUUCGUUUCAGAUGUACAAGAUAGUGAAAAUGAGGAUCAUAAUCCAAAAGAUGCAGAUCCAGAUCUCACUUUUAUUAGAAAAUUUACGAUUGAAACUAUAUCGAAAGCGCUUCGCAAAUGUAUGUCAUCUCCAAAACUAAUUGAAGUUAACGUGAACAAAAUAAAUGCAUGGUUCAAUAUCAUUCAUUCGAUGGUUUAUUUGCAUGCACCAUACAUAAAAUUACUCUUAGAUUCGAACAAAAUCGAGUCGGACAGAUACCAGAUUUGCAGAUUAAUGAUCGAUCUUAACAUACCGUCUACAAUCACAGAUUGUAUUGCGUCAUUAGAUUUAAAUUAUCCAUUCUCUAAAAAAUUAUUCAAUGAUGCGGUGGAGGCUAUAAAUGCAAUUAAUUCAACUAGAAUUGACUUCGCCGAACACUUCCAAGUGGAAAAUGAUGAUGCUGAUGAAAACAUUGAGGACGAGUCCGACAAAGAAGAAGCGCCAAAUAUGUUUAGAAAUUCUGCCUUAGGGAUGUAUGAUGUUGAAGAUAUCGAAGAAGAUGAUGAGGAAGAUGAUGAUUCUCUUAUUGGUGACGAUGGAAUUGCAUUUGUUAAUGAUGAUGACGAUUUCCAAAUAAUAUUCACUGAUGAAGAAGAAGGUAGAUUAACUGACGACGACAAUGAAAGUUCUUCGUCUGCUGAAUCUGAGAGCGAUGCUGCAGAUUAUUCCAAUGAUGGCAUUAAUAUAGUAGUAGACCAAAUAAUGACAGAUGUUUCUGACGGGGAAUCUUAUGAUGUCGAGAACAACAACCCGGGUAUCGAAAUUGUCGAGGAUGAACAUGGUAUUUCAGCUUCUGAUUUAGAUAUUGAAUUGAGUGAAUAUGAUAUAGAUGAGUCUGACUGGGAUUCUAGAAUUUCAGAUAUAUCAAUUGAGUACAGUGAUGAUAGUGAGGAGGAUACCGACGAUGCCAUGGAAAUCUCUGCGCCAUCUGCAAACCAUCGAAGAUGGGCACUUACUGAAGAUAUCGAUUUAAUAGAAGAGUCUUCCGAUGAAGAGGCACGAGGUGUCUUCCAAGGUGUUGAACACGUUUUUAAUACAGAGCCAGCAUUAUUUAGAAUUGAUACUAGCUUGCAACAUCGUCAUCACCAUCGUACACAGAGAAAUUCUGCACUAGAGCCUCCAUCAAUGACCUUGUUAAAUGGAACAAGAUCACGCUACGCUAAUAGUUUAAUUAAUCCACUCGGCCCGUCUGGGUUGGAGCAAGUGGAAAAUGAUAUUUCCACAGAAUUAAAUACAGUACGCUCAGGAACAGAAUCCAGACAAGAACGCCCACACUUUACAGAUACUCUCCUUUCUAGUCACUUACUAGAAGACAAGACACUUGAUGGGGUCAUUUUAAAAUCCACAGUUGCAAGAUGGAAAGAUAUAUACGAUAUGUUCUACGAUUCAAGAAGCUAUUCGAGCUACUUAACGUCUCGUAUUAUUAACAGGUUGUACCAUAAAAGCCUUGAUUUGUGGAGAAAAGACAAAGAACAUGCAUUGGAGGUAGCGAAAAAGGAAGCAGAAGAACUCCAACGUAGCAAAAACAUUAGAGAGGAAAAGAAACUUUCCAUAUCGCCAGAGAGUGAGCAUGUCCCUGAAUCACAGAGUAAUACGGAUAGUCAUGAACCUGUAUAUGUGGAGAUUGAAGGUUCCACGGUUGAUAUCGGCGGAACAGACAUUGAUCCAGAAUUCCUCAGUGCACUACCGGAUGAUAUGAGGGCAGAAGUUUUUGCCCAGCACAUCCGCGAACGUAGAGCUGAAGCAGUCCACCACAAUAUACAAUCCAGGGAAAUUAACCAAGAUUUUUUGGACGCUAUACCGGAAGAUAUUCGAGAUGAUAUUUUAGAACAUGAAGCUGAUGAGUCUAGUAGUUCUCAUCUAACCCAGACGCAUACUGAUGGUGACACUAAUUCUGAUAGUGGUUCGACUGAACCGAUAAGAUUGCAUAACGCUGUUGACGAACUCGAUUUAUCGCGUUCUAAUACGACAGUGCCACCGAAGGAACCUACACGGAUUGUUUAUGGUCCUCUGUUAGACAAAGCUGGUAUUGCAACGCUUAUGAAAGCUUUAUUCUUUUCCCAGCCCUAUAUGCAACGUGAAAUCUAUCAUGAACUAUUCUAUCGUUUAUGUUGCAGUAAACAAAAUAGAAACGAUAUAUUGAACAUUUUGUUAUUUAUUCUGGCAGAAGGGAUCAAUGAUCAGCACUCUUUGGAGAAAACUUACACAAUUCUAUCUGUGCGAGCAUGUGGUAAUGAUAAAUCGCAUAGUGUACCAACAAGCCGUCAAAUACCCACUGAUUGUUCACCUCUAGUUGUUACAACGCAAGCAAUUGAGAUUUUGCAGAUUUUGCUCGAGAGGAAUCGUUCUAUGAGAUUUUUCUUUAUUACGGAACAUGAAAAUUUAAUGGUGAAUAAACCAUCAAGCAAGAAUAAAAAAGAAAAUCCAGCUAAGAAUGAAAAGCUUCCCUUAAAACAUUUAUUCUCACUCUUAGAUAAAAAGAUAAUUACAGACGAAACACAGUUGAUGGAUCUUUUGACUAGGAUAAUUCAAAUAUGUACGCAACGUCUCGAUAAACUUAUAAAAACAUCAGCGAAAAAUCGUUGGAAAAAAAAAUUACAACAACCCGAUGUUAGCAGGGAUGACAUUAUGAAAUUAGUAGCAAUUAUCAAGUUAGAUAGCUGCAAUACUAAAGUUUUCCAGCAAACGUUGAAUAUAAUGCUUAAUUUGUCAGUUUUCAAUAAUAAUAUCGAGUUACUUACUGAGCAGCUGGUAUUGUUGGGUAAAGGUACAACAGCUGACUUACUGAAGGAUCUAAAUGAUUUAGCCCAGGAAUCUGAAAGAAUAUCCGACAAGCCUGAAUUGGAUCCGGAUUUAUUGAUUAAAUUCACCAUUCCUAACUCAGACCAGGCGAAGUUGCUUAAAAUAUUAACGGCAAUUGAUUAUGUUUACUCCCACGAUAGUACCUUGGGGGCAGAUAAAGAUGAGAAAUUGAUCAAGCUCUAUAAUGAAAUGCAUUUAGGUCCAAUAUGGUCAUCUCUAAGCAAAUGUUUAGCAAAAUUUGAAAGUAGUUCACACUUCACUACUUCUGCCACCAUAUUAUUGCCGGUAAUCGAAUCGCUGAUGAUUGUUUGUAAACAUACCAAAGCAACACACGAGAAGGUGAAGAAGUACGAAGAGGGGAAAUCGCUUGAUUUUGCAGAAAUUCCGGUUGAAAAUUUAUUCUAUCCGUUUACGGAUCUCCAUAAAAAAUUAUUGAAUCAAAUGGUUCGUUCAAAUUCUCAGCUAAUGAGCGGUCCCUUUUCAUUACUGGUAAAAAAUCCAAAGAUCCUUGAUUUUGAUAACAAGCGUUACUAUUUCAUGGCUAAAUUAAAGACAGAGACCGCGGAGAAACCUAAAUUAGCUGUGUCGGUACGUCGUGAUCAAGUAUUCCUUGAUUCAUAUAGAUCACUUUUCUUUAAGAGUGAUGACGAGAUUAAAAAUUCCAGAUUAGAAAUUACAUUCAAAGGUGAGAGUGGUGUUGAUGCCGGUGGGUUAACUAGAGAAUGGUACCAGGUCUUAUCUAGGCAAAUGUUUAAUCCUGACUAUGCAUUAUUCUUACCAGUUUCCUCGGAUAAAACAACGUUCCAUCCAAACCGUACGUCAGGAGUCAAUCCUGAACAUUUAUCGUUCUUCAAGUUUAUUGGUAUGGUGCUCGGUAAGGCCAUUCGUGAUCAAUGUUUCCUAGAUUGUCAUUUUAGUAGGGACGUAUAUAAAAACAUGUUAGGAAAACCUGUAUCAUUAAAAGAUAUGGAAUCUAUCGACUUAGAUUAUUAUAAAUCAUUGGUCUGGAUAUUAGAAAACGAUAUCACGGAUGUUAUUGAGGAGACAUUCUCCGUUGAAACUGAUGAUUAUGGUGAACAUAAAGUAAUUGAUUUGAUUGAGAACGGGUCUAAUGUGCCAGUUACAGAAGAAAACAAGAAAGAUUACGUCAAGAAAAUUGUGGAAUAUAAGCUGCACACGUCUGUUAAAGAACAGAUGGAUAAUUUCUUAAGAGGCUUCUAUUCGUUAAUUCCGAAGGAAUUAGUUUCUAUUUUUGAUGAACAGGAAUUGGAAUUACUGGUUAGUGGUUUACCUGAUAUUGAUGUUGACGACUGGAAAAAUAAUACUAACUACACCAACUAUACUUCAAAUGAUAAACAAAUCAAUUAUUUCUGGAGAGCGGUCAGAUCUUUCGAUGUUGAAGAGCGUGCAAGAUUGUUACAAUUUGUUACCGGUACAAGUAAAGUGCCAUUGAAUGGCUUCAAAGAAUUAAGCGGUGUUGAAGGCGUUUGCAAGUUUGCAAUACACAGAGAUUAUGGUUCCACAGACAGAUUACCAUCUUCCCAUACCUGUUUCAAUCAACUAAAUUUACCCGCCUAUAACUCCUACGAAACUUUACGUGGUUCAUUAUUAAUAGCUAUCAAUGAAGGUCAUGAAGGGUUCGGUCUCGCCUGA